UUGACAUUUAUCAAAGUAUAUCGUCUUCGUCUGCUUUUGUUAUAAAAAAAAACGACUAAAAUGUUUUGUAAAUAAUUUAUUUUAACGAUUUUAUUCUAAUAUUUUUAACUAAUUAAAUGAUCAAGAGUUUGCCUAGUUAUGUAUUUAAACAUUAUAACAAAUUGAAUUCUCCAAAGCAGCUCAAAUAUUCGCCACAAAAAUUGUCGAAUUACGUGUUUAAAGUGUUUUUUCGUCAGAUUGUCGUCAUCAUACGCCCAAAGCAUACGAAACGCAACCACUUAGCUUGCUUGACACACAAAAAAAUUAAAAAAAAGUAAAGAUGCCGCGCCAGCAUAGACGAAAGACCACUAGAUGGAUUAAUGAAGAUUGUAUGCAAUCGGCAGUUAGAGAUAUUUGUGAGGGAAUCGAAACGCCGUCGACUGCGGCGCGGAAAUAUGGCCUUAAGCGGACGACAAUCAUAUAUCGUGUGGAGAAGAAACAAAAGAUGGACCUUAUUAAGAGGGGUGAAGGUCACGAAACUCAAUCAAUUCCAACGCCAUUAAUGGCUGAAAUAUUCUCGGUGACACAGGAAAAGGAAUUGAUGGGCUAUCUGAAUCGCUAUACGUACUUGCCAUACGACACAAGUGGCAGCUUCAAGGCCGCCCGACAGCUGGUCUAUCAGUUUGUCAAGGAGCAUGAUAUCAAACACCCGAAAACGUGGGACAUAGAGCAACAAGCUGGUGUUGAUUGGCUCAAAGGUUUUAUUCUACGUAAUCCCGGAACAAACCUCCGCCAAUCAACAAAGCCCCCUGCCAAUAAGAAGGUCAAACUUGAGGAAGCCAAUAAGAAACCCGCGAAUAAGAGGAAAAUAAACAAGCUGCAGUCAAGUGCACAGCCCACAAUAGAGCUCCCAAGGAAGAUCAAAUGCCAACCGGUGGCCUUGUCGGAACAAAGUCUGGAAUCCACUAACUCAUAUGACAAUUCCUACAUGUCCUACAUGGAAAGCAGUAAUCUCCCGCAAGGCGGCCAGCUGCCUAUCAAUCAAAAUUCCGACUUCAGUGAUGCCGUUGAUAUGAAUGAAAAUUCCGAAUUAGACCUUGAACCAGAAUGUCACAUCACAAUGGUUAGCAUAAAGGACGAACCCGCCGACAAUGUCAACGAUGAACUUAUCGAAAACAAUACACAAGACACCUUUGGCGAGACUAAAGCUCAGUUCAUUCCAAAUUUAGAUACAGUACCUGAAAACGAUGAUGUUUUCAAUAGUUUCGGCCGCAAUAUUGCAUUCCAAGCUAAAGAAUUAUUCCAGCACAAUCAGGUCGAUGCCUUAGAGCUAAUGCAUGAAGUUCAGACAUUGGUAAAUCGACGUCUGACAAAUACGUUGAGACUGACUAGAGGUAAUUGCAGCAGGAAAAUAAACGCGAAGCGUUCACGUCGAUUAUUUAACGGGGAUGGUGAGAAUCACGAUGAUGAUUGAAAUUAAGUUAGUAGGCGUCUUUUGAAAUGCGACAUUUUAUUUUUUUUUUAUAUAGUGCAUUUAGUUACCUUUUAGAGGUAGCUAUUUUAUUUUUGUUUUAACUUUUUAAAUAUUCAUUAUAUUAUUAUAUGCAUUUUAUGUAAAUGUAAGUAAGUGAAUAGUUUUUGUUUAAUUAUUAUAGAAAAUAAUAAUAAUAAUAAUAAAGAAAAUCCUGGUCUUCGAAAAUUUUAAUUCAUUAAUUUGAA